CACGUUGUUCAAAUCUAUAUUCUCGCACAGCGCUACUGUCCUUCGUAUGGCAGAAUCCAGGAAACGCUCAGCUGCGUUCCUUUCUGCUUCUCGUCAUUGGUCUUCGAAAAAGUCAGAGCCUGAACUGAAAAAUACUGAGGAUACUGACAAUGAUGAUGUAGUAAUUACAAAAGUAGUCCCAUUGACCCAGUCAGACAAUUCAACUCCAAUAAACAAGAAACAAAAGCUAGCUACGAGUAUACGAAAAGCGUCUCCUAUCAAAUUGCUUCUGAAUCCAAGCUACGAUGACGAAGUCGAAGCUAUCGUAAAUAAAGACACGAUCCUGAUCGAAGACUUACUAGGUGCUUCAGACCUAGACGAGACCUUUCAGUUCAAUUUCACUGUAGAUUUGCCAAUGUUCUUGAGAUAUUUAAAUCCGAAAUUCCAGAGGAAUGGGAAGAAAAUUACCUUUGUCACUGGUUCAGUUCUUCUUGAUCCAUCUGAUCCUGAUACUCUGAUCUUCAAGAACCAGUUCAAUAUCAGCGAAGUCACAGCUGCGAUUCCCAAUCGGUUCGGAACUCAUCAUACCAAAAUGAUGGUCAACUUCUUUGAGGAUAAGAGCUGUGAAAUUGUCAUUAUGUCUUUCAACUUGAACAAAAUCGAUGUGGUGGGACUUACUCAAACGCUUUGGAGAUCUGGUAGAUUGCAGUUGGAAACCGAAGAUUCGGUGAAAUUGGAGCGUGGUGAAAAUUUCAAACGUGACUUUAUGAACUACUUGAAGAAAUACAAUAGUCCCGUAGUCACUAGUUUGGCUGACAGACUUCAAUCGUAUGACUUUCACUCUAUCGAUGUAGAGCUUCUUGCUUCAGCACCAGGUAAAUACGAAAUCACAAAUCUAACUGAUAAAGAUGAAGUUUAUGGCUACGGAAAGUUAUACCAGAUAUUGAAGAGAAAUAAUUUGCUAGUGGAUAACACGAAGGGAGACAAGUUGUAUAACUUCCUUUCACAGGUGACUUCUAUUUCAUAUCCUUUCAAUGUCCGCGGAAGCCAAACUGCCUCUGUCUUCAGCCAUCUUCUUGCUCCCUUAGUCUUUUCUGGAGGCUCGAAUGGUUUCAAGAUUCUACUUCCAGGAUCGGAUAGUACAUCCAAACACCAAAAAGACAACUACUAUUUACCCCACAUGGUGUAUCCUACAGUAAAGGAAAUAGCAAAUAACAAUGUAGGAUUUGGAGCAGGACAAGCAGUGCACAUGAAACAUACAAAGUCUGAUACUCACAGAUACCAAUACCAACAGAAUAUCCGGCCGUACUUGAGAAAGUGGAAUUCGUCCGGUUCAGACAUAGUCACGGGGAGAGAACUGGUAGUUCCACAUUGUAAAUACUUCAUGUGCGACAACGGUGAUAACUUUUCAUCCUUGAAGUGGGCAUUGGUUGGAAGUCACAACUUGUCUAAACAGGCCUGGGGAUCACCAGUUCCCAAAUCUACGAAUCCAAAUAAGUACGAAAUCUCAAGCUUCGAGUUGGGAGUGGUAGUAUUUCCUAAAGAAGGCGAGAAAUUGGUACCUGCUUAUGGAGAAGACACAGUGAAUGACGAUAAAGCUAUUCCAUUAAGGAUGCCCUUCAGUCUUCCUCCGACGAAGUACACCGCCCAAGAUGAGCCAUGGAGUGAAUGGGUCAGCUACGGCGAAUUAAAGGACAAAUUUGGACAAACCUACAACUUGAGCAAGUAGCAAGACUAUAUAUACAUAAUAAAUACACUAAUGU